GGGAGAGUGGAAGGGGGGUGCUCUAUUUUCGACUCUGUGAUUGGUUGAGAUUUACUGGGGGGCCACACUUUUGGAUUUCCAGGACCCAACGUGUGAAAUGUCUAAGCUCUGACACCCGCAGACUUAUAUACACACACUUACAUACACACACUUAAAUACACACACUUACACAAUCGCCAAGUAUAGGGUGUCUCAGCCCAAGGUGAAAGUUAAGGUGUGCAUUUAAAAUAGAGUUACCUUCAACAGAAAGAUUACUGUUAUUUUACUUAUGUGAAAAACGACAGUCUUUGCAAUGCGCCGCAAAACCUCCAGAACGGCUGGUGUAUUCUGCUUCCGACCAUAACCAAACUUGGCGAGAGGGCAUCGUAGAAGGGGCAGCCAUACUGGACCCCUUUGCAGACAUAUGGGAUGUAUUACUUAAGGAAAAUCAGCCUGCCUUGUCUCUCUUUUUUUUCCUUUUUUUCCCCUCAUUUUUUGAAUAACCUCAAUCUUUAGGGAAAAUAAGCCUCUGCCUGGUCCAGCACAGCCAACGGCAAAUCCCUCUCCAGCCGUUCACUUUACAGCAACAGCAGAUCUGCAGCGUUCACUCAUGGCGUCUACGCCGUCUCUCCCGGUCGGCCUCAGCAGAGCGGUAUCGACUCGCAGAGCGGUAUCGACUCACAGCGUCGAUGUGUGGUGCUGUGUGUCGAGAGCCUUGUGUCUGUGUUUCUGUCCCCUCAACACGUCUCUCUCUCUCUCUCUCUUCUCUCUGUCUGCAGUCGUGGGACACCGAGCUGGAGAGGACGGCGGAGGAGUGGGCGGAGACGUGUUUAUGGGAGCACGGGCCUGCCAGCCUCCUGCCUCAGAUAGGACAGAACCUGGGGGCUCACUGGGGAAGAUUUCGUCCCCCCACGUUUCACGUCCAGGCGUGGUAUGACGAGGUGAAAGACUUCUCCUUUCCCUACCCACAGGAGUGUGACCCCUACUGCCCCUACAGAUGCUCCGGUCCUGUCUGCACACACUAUACACAGCUGGUGUGGGCCACCAGCAAUCGUAUCGGCUGUGCCAUCAACAUGUGCUACAACAUGAACGUUUGGGGUCAAAUCUGGGCCAAAGCUGUCUACCUGGUUUGCAACUAUCAGGCAAAAGGUAACUGGUGGGGCCAUACCCCCUACAAACAUGGCACCCCAUGCUCCGCCUGCCCGCCCAGCUAUGGAGGAGGCUGCAAGGACAACCUCUGCUACAAAUACGAUGGCUCUGAAUCCCGUACUCCGCAAGAGGAAACGGAGGAAAACAACUUCAUUGAACAAGAGGAACCCCGAAACCCCCCGAAACCUCGGGCCCGGGCCCCCAAACCCAACCUCCCCCCGGCCACUACCACCAACCCCCGUUCUGAGAGUCUGGAAAGGAACGAGGUGGUCAGCACACAGCAGAUGUCUCAACUUGUGACCUGUGAUACUAAACUACGAGAUCAAUGCAAAGGAACGACCUGUAACAGGUAUGAGUGCCCAGCUGGCUGUAUUGAUAGCAGAGGGAAAGUAGUGGGGACAGUUCACUAUGAGAUGCAAUCGAGUAUCUGCAGAGCAGGCCUCCAUGCCGGCGUCAUAGACAACGAUGGAGGAUGGUUGGAUGUGACAAGACAAGGGAGAAAGGAGUUCUUCAUCAAAUCCAACAAAAAUGGUGUCCAGUCCCUCGGGAAGUACCAGAGUGCCAAUGCCUUUAUUGUUGACAGAGUAACAGUUAAAGCCAUUAACUGUGAGACGACCGUAGCACAGUUGUGUUCCUAUCAGAAGCCUGUGAAGCAUUGUCCAAGACUGUACUGCCCCAGUAACUGCAUGGAAGAGAACCCUCACAUAUCACGGGUCAUCGGUACCAGAACAUACUCAGAUACAUCCAGCAUAUGCCGGUCAGCGGUGCAUGCAGGGGUGCUCAGGAACGAUGUGGGUGGCUACAUCGACGUGAUGCCGGUGGACAAGCGGAAACAGUACAUCGCCUCGUACCAAAACGGCAUUUUCUCCGAGAGCCUGCAGAACCCCCCAGGAGGAAAGGCCUUCCAGCUCUUCGCAGUGAUCUGAGCACUGCUACAGGGCAGACUGGCCAAACACACCAAGCACGUGGAUGUUUAUCAGGCAGUCCUCCGGCCCGCCGUCUGUUUCCUGGGGUGUUGCGUUAGGCUUCGCCGACCUUGCCGUCGUUGCCUGCAGAUCGUCUCCACGGCAACGAAAAAAACGAGAAAGGAAACUUGACACACUCAAACGCAGAGCUAGGGAUGGGCUAUGGGUAGGUGUUUCUAUGCUCCUACUUAGAUGCUGUCUCGAUAGGGAAAAUGGUAUAAACUGUAAAUAUAUUUUAUACCUUCAUUAUAUGUUAUGUUGCACAUACUGUAAGUGGAUCUUGUCUCUUUGACAAAUUGACAGAAAAUGUAAAAAGGAUACAGUAGUCGGCACUUAAAGAUAAUAAACCAUAUUAUUUGCUGUUCUUUUUCAUCUCUUUGUUGUUUUUAGAGCAUGUUCCGUUAAACUUUUUCAAGUUAGGCACAUGUUACUGGUGCUCUGGAGUAUUCUGAUGUUGUGGUUGUCCUUUUAAAGAAUACAGGUGGUGCACAUUACGAUGCAUUUAUUUUUGUAUUGAGUUUUUAUAUUGCAUUAUGGGUAGUUGAGUCAAGGAAUGCUGCUAUAAUUUUGCUGUGUCAUUAUUCCUAUAGAGAUGUUAUGACUUUGUAAGAUAAUGUUUAUCAGAGGUUGAGCUCCCUGCUGGUCGGGAAGUCAGAAACAUCCAGAACAUCCAGAAACUUUAUUCUCCCAUCAUGCUUGAGUUCUUGCUUUGUGUUCACCUGUUUCUCACUCAGUAAUCCCAACAUCGUAAUUGUUCCGGUUAUCAAUGUCACAUAACGGGACUUUGUUUACGGUGCUUGUAAAGAUAAAUACAAUUUAGCAUUGUUGGUAAUACGUUUUUUUGUGUGAUUGGACUGUGAAAUAAAGACCAGCCUAUCGAACAACAAGUACAACUUAGUUACAGUACAUGGGUAUAUAAAGCCUUCAUCUGACCUUUAGCUGUACUGUACUGUAUACACACUAAAUGGUUUGUGACACAAAACUAGAACACACAACAUUCAAGGGUGCUACUUAUAAUGUAAUCAUGCCUACUACCCGCAUGUUAAAUCAGAAUAUAUUGUUUCUGGUGACCUUGAUAUUUGUGUGGUAGACAAUAAAACUUUAUUUAUGAAACAGCUCUUUUCAACAACUUGUUUUCAACAUCAUCAUGCAUAAUGGAAAAACAUAAUUUGCCAUGUGGUCUUUGUACAUGCAUUUUCCCUACCUCAAUUUGUUAGAGAAAAUCUGUUCAUUUUGCAAUAAAACAUUUCAACUAUUUGUCUUUUG